AUGCCUGCUCGCAUCGCCAUCGCCAAUGCGGUUGCCGCCGCCGCACGCCCGACCACCGUCGCCGGCAGCCAGGUGCUCCUGCGGAGAAGCAUCGCCAGCACCGCCAGCUUGAGGCACAAGGAGAGUGCAAGCCAUAACCCGGACUCGCACGAGGUGGACAAGCACAAGGGCGACCUGCUCAAGAAGCACAAGGACGGCCAGGCCCACUGGAAGCCCGAGCUCGCCUCGGACAGCGAGGAGGCCGUCAAGGCGGACCGCGCCGAGACGGACGGCGGCGGCGCGAGCAGCAGCCCGGCCGAGGCCAUGAAGAAGCUGCAGGAGCGCACCAAGAAGGCCGCCGAGGAGACGUCCAAGGCCGGCACCAGCAUGCGGGACGGUCUGUGA